AUGUCUACUGAGCAGAUCCCCGAGAAGUUCUCUGGCUGGUUGGGCCACGAGCCUGAAGCCGCCAAGGGCAAGAUGGUCUGGGGCGAGUUCGAGCCCAAGACCUUUGAGGAGACCGACGUCGACAUCAAGAUCUCCCACUGCGGUAUCUGCGGUUCCGACAUCCACAUGCUCAGCUCCGGCUGGGGCCCUACUCCCUACCCCUGCUGUGUCGGCCACGAGAUUGUCGGCAAGGCUGUCCGUGUUGGCAAGGAGGUCAAGAACAUCAAGGUUGGCGACCGUGUCGGUGUCGGUGCCCAGGCUCAGUCCUGCCUUGAGUGUGAGGAUUGCAAGAACGGCAACAUGACCUACUGCAAGAAGGCCGUCAACACCUACGGCUCCGUCUACCCCAACGGCAAGGACAAGUCGUAUGGUGGUUACUCCAACUACAACCGCACCCACGGUGCCUUCGUCGUCAAGAUCCCCGAGAAGAUCGAGUCCGCCGAUGCCGCCCCCAUGCUCUGCGGUGGUGUCACCGUCUACUCUCCCCUCGUCCGCAACGGCUGUGGUCCCGGCAAGACUGUCGGUAUCGUCGGUGUUGGUGGUCUCGGCCACUUCGGUGUCCUCUUCGCCAAGGCUCUCGGUGCUGACCGCGUCGUUGGUAUCUCCCGCAAGAACGACAAGCGUGACGACGUCCUCAAGCUCGGUGCCGACAAGUACAUCGCCACUGGUGAGGACAAGGACUGGGCCUCCGAGAACGCCCGUACCCUCGACCUGAUCAUCUGCACCGUCUCCAGCGAGAAGAUGCCCAUGUCCGAGUACCUCUCCCUCCUCAAGGUCGGCGGUACCUUCAUCCAGGUUGGUGCUCCCGAUGGUGGUAACCUCCCUCCCAUCAACGCCUUCACCCUCAUCGGCAACGGUAUCAAGGUUGGUGGCUCCCUCAUCGGUACUCCCCAGGAGAUCGAGGAGAUGCUCCAGCUCGCUGCCGACAAGGGCAUCAAGCCUUGGAUUGAGGUCCGCCCCAUGAAGGAGGCCAACCAGGCCAUCAUCGACUUCGAGAAGGGCAUGCCCCGUUACAGAUUCGUCCUUGAGAACUAA